GCAGGCGAUUAAAAAAGGGCACCUUCUUUUGCUUGGAAAUUAAGAAGACGGUGGCCAUGGCGCACUGUGCUGCUCUCCCCCCUUUCUUCACUCCCUCCGAUAUCGCCUCGCCCUCGCCCUCGCCCUCGCCCUCGGCGGUGCUCAGCCGAUGAUUCAGCCUCCCUUCUCUCGGUCCCUGCUGCCGGAGUGGCUUCGAGGUGCAAAUGCAGCGAUCGCCUCUCCCCAUCUCCGCCACCUCCAUUGUUGCUCCUGAAUCUCCCUCGCUGCGAUAUUAGGGUUCGAGCACAGAAGAAGACAGGAGGGUUGGAGCGAGCUCACCUUCGUCCCCAAGCUGUUUUGGAGGGCAAAGGCCGCUUAUUCGCCGGAGGCGGAGCGAUUGGAGGCGCGGGAAUAUCGCGAGCGGGCGUCUUCGCUUUCCGUUUUCCUGGUUCGGUGAAUUCGUGUGGGGAAAAAGGUAAGGCUAAAUCGUUUGCAAUAGGAUGUUGAAAGAUAGGCUGUAGAGAGAGGUUCGAAAGACACCGAAAUGAAGGAGAACAAGUUUGUGUUGAAUAGCCAUGGAAAUGGCUGUGAAUGGCAAUUCAACACCGCUGCAAUGAGUCAGAUGAGUCAAUCGCCUUAUCUUUCUGCUUCAAUUGGGGAGGGCUUCAGUCCUGGUCAUUGGAACCACUCUACUACUACUAGUACACUGAACUUGGGCCUCGGAGAAAGCUCAGCUACCGUCAACAGCAUACCGGUCGGAAAACCAGUAGCAGUGUCACCGAGAGAGAUGCUAUUGUCGACUGCACCAAAAUUACCUCACUUCCCUGUUGAUUCGACUUUCAUUGAGAGGGCAGCCAGGUUCUCAUGCUUUGGCACUGGUAAUUUUACGGGCAUCAACUUCUUUGGCUCGUCUCCAGCAAUGGCUUCAUCGAACAACGAGGGCUUCGGGGCUCAGAUUCAGAAAGAUGAUUUGAGUGAAAACAAAGCUGUCUUGCUGCCUGUUGAUCAUGAAUCUUUUAAUGGAAGCUCAAUGAAGAAACAAGGAGACGGAAACUCUCAGAUCAGUGUUUCAAAUGGAGAAUCACAUGUGAAUUUUCCUGAAGAUGGCCCAGAAGGAAAUACUGGUUCAACCGAUGUUGCUUUAGAUUCAUCUUCUAGUGAUCUUGGAGAAAAUAAAAGGAGAAAAACCGCUCUGGAUAUCGACAAGGAUCAGGUGCAAGGAAGCCUACAAUUUUUGUCACAGACAACAACGGAGAACAUACAGAAUGAGCAAAAAGUAGAGAUCAGUUCCAAACAAAGUGGAAAGAAUGGGAAAGACAACUCAGAAGUAGCAAAGGAGGACUAUGUUCAUAUUCGAGCACGGCGUGGACAAGCCACUAACAGUCACAGCCUUGCAGAAAGAGUAAGAAGGGAAAAAAUAAGCGAAAGGAUGAAGUGCCUUCAAGAACUCGUACCAGGUUGCAAUAAGGUCACAGGAAAGGCGGUUAUGCUGGAUGAAAUCAUAAACUAUGUUCAAUCACUCCAAAGGCAAGUAGAGUUUCUCUCCAUGAAGCUUGCAGCUGUGAAUCCGCAACUAGACUUCGGCGGAGAAGGGCUUCUUGCUAAAAAUGUGAAUCUUCUACAUUCACAUGGUGGUUCCUCAUCGGCGACAAGAUUCUCACCAGAGUUGAUGUAUCUGCAAGCAUAUCCAUCUCAGCAUACUCUGGUACACACUGGAAUAUCUGCAAUGGCUAGCCAGUCAGACACAUUUAGGAGAACCAUAACUACUCAAUCAACAAGUGGUUAUAAAGAGUCUUCGAUGCAGGUUCAGCAGAUGCACAUCCCUUGGAAUGAAGAGCUCAUCAUGCAAAUGGUAUACAGCGCUAAUCCUUCCAACCCGCACAUGGAUAGUAAAGCUGAUGGCUUCGCCAUAUAAAAAGCCAAGUGGUUACAUAGAAGUUCAAGUUCAAUAAAUUCCUUGUGCAUAUAUUUCAUCGCUUCCAAGCUGUUGUAUGGCGUAUAUAGGAUUCAGUGAUCUGGAUAAGAAAGAGGUAAUAGGAGGAAUGUGUACAAGUUCAUCACCUCGAAUCACCGUCACAGUUGAAUCUCGACUAUGUACGCAUCUAAAGAGUGUUGUCCUCCUUGCUUCAUGUUUAUGGCAUUGUGCGUGUGAAGGGUACCCCAUGGAGAAAAAUCCAUGUCCUUCAACAUGAAGUUUGCACUCUCUUUGUAUUGACUCUUAGGAGCAGAUGUUUAACUAAUAAGAAAAACCAAAUAUCGAAUGUGUA